AAUAAAUCGAGCUUCUCCUCGCCGAGCGGGCAGGGGUGCGAGCACGCUGGAGCUCGGCCUCGCCAGAGCGGCAUGGGGCUCCAGCACACCACGGUGUGGUUGUUCCAUCGGAGCCCGCAGGCAUGGGAGUCACCGACGGCGAGCCCGUGGGGCUCGAGGCCGCUUUGCGGCAGCAUGCCCGCGCCCGAACCGGAGCAGAGCACGACGCCGGUAGCCAACACCACGCCGCACACACGGGAGCCCCCUGCGGUGAGGGACGACAUGGAGGCGUUGGCGAAGGCCGCCUGCACGGCGAUACCCCGCGGGCCCCAGCACUGGACCACGGAGGAGGCGGAGCCUGUGUUGGUCGCGCAGGUGAAGCCGUCGCCGGAGACGCUGGAGCUCGGUGUCCGUCAGGAAGAGCACCAGCGUCGUGGCCCGGCUGGUGACCCGCACCCGGAGCUUCGUCGCCGGCCGCAGCGACCCUCCUCCGCCGCCCAACAAGAUCCCCAAGAGCCCCUUCGCACCGGAGAGCGAUGAGCUGCACGGCCGCGCGGACGAUGAGCACGAGGGCCACACAGGAGGUGUUGAGAGACGACGAGGGUGGGAUUACACUUCUGCAAUUCCACUAUGUUGAGAAGAUUUUAAGUCGCUUUGGAUAUUCAGACUGUAAAAUUUCUCAAACACCAUAUGAUCCUAGUGUGCUUGUUCGAAAGUUUAUCUUGAACUUCAAGUUGUUGAACAUCAAGCACCAUAUGAUCCUAGUGUGCUUAUGUAGGUGGUGGCAUGACAAGUUGGU